GUCUUCAUCUCGCUCGAGCCCUAAACGGCCAGUAUCAAACUCGCUGAGAAAUUCCAAGCUCAGCCGUAGGGGAGAGAAAGAGAGGCAAACGGGAGGCGCUAGGUCCCCGCGGUCGCAGAGGAGUCGGAAUGGCCAGGCAAGCAAUCGAGGGGAGGGACGCGAAUCACAGCAAGCCUAAACCGCUAAAUCCAACCCAGCCCAUCCGAAGUGCCGCCGCCGGACAUUCCCUGCUGGCGGCGCCACCGAGCCCGGCCAUGCAGCGCCCAGCCCCGGGCAAAGGGCAGGCGCUGGAGGCAGCCCAGCUCCGGGCAGGCGGCUGCGCGUCUUCGCCGUUCCUACUUUUGGGCGAGGUGUGACGGCCGGGAAGAGCCCCCAGCCCGGAUCCGGGGCUCGGCGGAUACUCUCCCGGUUCAUGUCAGCGCUCCGACUCCGCUUCUGAAGCUGCGCCUCCUCCAAGCCUGGACCCUUCCCACUUCUCUCUCCCCGUGGCGCUCUAGAUCCCGACGGCUGCUGGGCUCUUCCUAGGCUGGGGACGCGACGCAGCCCGGCUAGGAUGGGCUGAUGGCCUUCGGACGGUGCCGCCGCUGCCGGGAGCCGCUGCCGUCGAGGAGGAUGCUCUGGCCGGCCGCCCUGCUCUUGCUGGCGGCGCUGUGGUGCUCCGGCGGAGCGCGCAGUUGCCCCGUGCAGUUGCGCGGCUGCAAGUGCGUGGGUGAGAGGUCGAAGGGGUUGGCGGCGGCCAGGAAGAGGGUGAGCUGCAGCGGCGAGGAGCUGAUGGAACCGCCCGCGCCUCGGUUAUUACCCAACGGCACAGUCACCCUGCUUUUGAGCAACAACAAGAUAGCAACCCUGAAGAAUGGCUCUUUCUUUGGACUUCGUGCUCUCGAGAAGCUAGACCUAAAGAGCAACUUGAUUAGCAUCAUCCAGCCUGGAGCUUUUCUGGGCCUCUCAGACCUGAAACGUUUGGACCUCUCCAACAACCGCAUCGGCUGUCUCACCGCUGGCAUCUUCCAGGGAUUGGUCAGCCUCAUCCGCUUGAACAUGUCAGGGAAUAUUUUCUCCAGUAUCCAGCGUGGGGUCUUUGACGAGCUGCUAUCUCUGAAAGUCCUUGACUUUGCCACAGAAUACCUGACAUGCGACUGCAACAUGCGCUGGGUCCCAGCCUGGUCCAAAAACCGCUCUGUCCAGAUAUCCGACAAGACGUUGUGCAUCUACCCCGGCAGCCUGCAUGGGAAGCCACUACGGAACAUCAGGGAGAGCCAGAUGCGCUGUGAAGGGGCCCCAGAGCUUCACACCCAUCAGCUGAUCCCCUCUCUGCAGCAAGUGGUCUUCCAAGGUGACCGCCUCCCCUUCCAGUGCACGGCCACCUACCUGGACAACAGCACACACAUUUUGUGGUACCACAACCGCGCCUUGGUGCAGGGGGAUGAACGCAACGGCAUCAUCCUGGAGGAGAGCCUCGUCCAUGAUUGCACUUUCAUCACAAGCGAGCUCAUCCUGUCCAACAUCCAUGUCUCAGCCAGCGGUGAAUGGGAAUGUACCAUCUCCACUGCUCAGGGCAACGUUAGCAAGAAAGUGGAGAUAGUUGUGCUGGAGACGUCGGCGUCGUACUGCCCAGCUGAGCGGGUCACCAACAACCGUGGAGAUUUCAGGUGGCCACGCACCUUGGCUGGCAUCACUGCUUACCAGUCAUGCCUGCAGUACCCCUUUGCAUCUGGGAACGGAGGGCCCGGCCUGGAGAAACAAGCGUGGAGGCGUUGUGACCGCACAGGCCACUGGGAGGAAGGGGACUAUUCUCACUGCUUGUACACUAACGAUAUCACCCGUGUCCUCUACACCUUCGUGCUGAUGCCUAUCAAUGCUUCCAACGCCCUGACCCUGGCACACCAACUCCGAGUCUACACAGCCGAGGCUGCAAACUUCUCGGACAUGAUGGACGUCAUCUAUGUGUCCCAGAUGAUUGAAAAGUUCACCGGUUACGUGGACCAGAUUAAGCAGCUCACGGACGUCAUUGUGGAGAUGGCCAGCAACAUGAUGCUGGUGGACGACCACGUUCUGUGGAUGGCUCAGAUUGAGGACAAAGCUUGUACCAGCAUCGUCCGCUCUCUGGAGAAGAUUGCCGGCUACACCCUCAGCUCCAACUCUCAGCACCUGGCUGUGAACACCAGGAACAUCGCUUUUGAGGCCUACCUGAUCAAGCCAGACAGCUAUGUGGGCCUGAGCUGCACAGCUUUCCAAAAGCGCGAGGCAGUACUUGGUGGUCGGCCCCUGCGGCAGGAACGAUACACCGAGUCCCUGGCGGACCAGCAGCUCAAGUUCCGGUGCACCACAGGGAGGCCAAACAUCUCCCUGGCCAGCUUUCACAUCAAGAACAGCAUUGCUCUGGUCUCCAUUCAGUUGCCUCCCGGCCUCUUCUCCUCACCGUCUUCUCCCCGCCCCCCACCCCACAAGUGCAAGCUUCAGUUCCUGGUGUUCCGCAAUGGCAAGCUCUUCUGCAGCACCGGAAACUCUUCGCACCUCGCUGAUGACGGGAAGCGCCGCAGCGUAGCUACACCGGUGAUCUAUGCAGGCACACAUGGCUGUGGAGUGAGCAACCUCACUGAGCCUGUCGUCAUCUCGCUACGGCACUUGGGUGAAGGCACAGACCGUGUGGCUGCUUCCUGGGACUUUGACGUGCUGGAUGGCUACGGUGGCUGGAGAGCCGAAGGCUGUCAGCUGAUUGGCCUGGAGCCCAAUGUCACCACUGUGAGCUGCCGGCACCUCAGUAACAUUGCUGUGCUGAUGGAGUUGAGCAACUUCCCACAUGAGUCACCGAGCCCAGCUGAGGUGCUGCAUCCUGUCAUUUACAGCUGCACUGCCCUCCUCCUCUUGUGCCUCUUUGCCACCAUCAUCACCUACAUCAUCAACCACAGCACCAUUCACAUCUCACGGAAGUGCUGGCACAUGCUGCUCAAUCUCUGCUUUCACAUCGCCAUGACGUCGGCUGUGUUUGCAGGCGGCAUCACCCUUACCAACUAUGUGGUCAUCUGCCAAGCGGUUGGUAUCAUUCUCCACUACUCUUCCCUGUCUACUCUUCUGUGGAUGGUGGUGCUGGUGCGAGUGAUCUACAAGGAGUCCACGUGGAAGGCACCACAACAACAGGAAGGGGAAGCCCCCCAGCCACCUCCACGCCCAAUGCUACGAUUCUACCUGAUUGCUGGUGGGAUCCCUCUCAUCAUCUGUGGGAUUACAGCAGCAGUCAAUAUCCACAAUUAUGGGGAUCAUGACUCCUACUGCUGGCUGGCUUGUCGGCCGAGCAUUGGGGCAUUCUACGUGCCUGUGGCUUUCAUUCUGCUCAUCACUUGGAUUUAUUUCAUGUGUGCUGGAAUCAGUUUGCAGUGCCAAGCCAAGAACCCGAAAGAGAUUCCCAAGCCCCUGGAAAGGCGGCAGCGCCUGGGCGGCAGCAGCAACCUUUUAACCGACUCAGGAUCCAUCUCAGUCAUGCUGAAUUCCACUCCACACAGUGUUGAUGCUGACGGUGUUUAUUCCCUAGGGGUACAGUUCUGGGCUGUAGUCAUCACCCAUUUUCUGUACAUUACUCUGUGGACAUUUGGGGCCAUGGCUGUGUCCCAGCGCUGGUUCCUUCUAAAGGUUGUCUUCAGCUGCCUCUAUGGAGUCACAGCCGUGGCACUGGGGCUGUUCAUCUUUGCCCACCACUGUGCUCGCCGCAGAGAUGUGCAGAGCUCGUGGUUUGCCUGCUGCCCAUCUUACAGGAAUGCUUUACCCAUGCAAGCCUAUGUGCACCCUGGCAUGGGGGUGGAAGACAGCUCCCAAGUCUUCAUUGGCUGCAACCCCGAGGUGGCUCAGUCCAUGAAGUCAUCCUCCUCCCCCAGCAGCAGCAAUUCGGCCCCGGAGCCCUGUAAACUCAACAAUUUACAAGUGGCCCUUGGCCAGGCAGAUGGCAGCCCUCCGCCAACCACCUGCUAUGAGGACGCUGAGCCUUCCAACAGCAAGAAUACUCCCCCAGCCAGGUACGCCAACAAUCUACAUGGGCGAAGCAGGCACCAUAAAAGCAGGACUAAGUAUCGAGAAGGGAAGCACCAGCGUCUGAAGGCGCUGCGGGGGCCUUCCUCGGAGCACCCCACCAGCGAGAGCGGGAGCCUCCACACCAGCCACUCAGAGAGUUACCAAAGCAGCCGGAACAGCCCUUUGAACAAUCGGCGUCCGGGGGUGGUUCCAAGCCUGGAGUUUGCCCUGAUGCAGUCCGACUUGAGUGAUGGCAGUGGUGGCCAUCAGGUGGCAGACUUCAGCCGAGACCAGAGGAAAAGUGCCAGCAGAGACAACCUCAAGCCCCAGGCCAAUGCCACCACGGACAAAGAGACUAAGAGGCGAUCCUUUCCGCUUAAUGUGGCCAAUCAGAAUGGGGGACUGAAGGGCAGCAAGUAUGAUAUAAACCUCACUGGCGCUGACAGUGCAGCUGGUAUGAAAACGGGUCUCUGGAAGAGCGAGACAACGGUGUAGGGAAGGGGUCCAAGGGCCACGUGGCUGGAGUUUUGGAGCGGGUUUCCCCCUCCUAGCCUCAGGCAGGAAGCUGCAAGGGUUAGGCAUCUUGCUGCCAGUGUCUGCCCAUACAACCUGCAGACUGAUGUUGUGCACUAUAUGGGGCUUGGUCAGCACUGGCAGGAACUAUCAUGUUCCUUGCCAGGCUGCUUGCCCCACAGUAAGAGAGGAAGGGUCACCUGACGCUCCAGGGGUAAGGGAGGGAGAUUGUAUGUGUGCCGCAUCAUAGGAACCACACAGUGCACUUUUCCAUCUCUGCUAUCUUGUGCUCUGCUGUUCUACGUUCCAGGGGAUCUUUUCCCAUCUCCGCAGGACAAGCAGAGGUGCUAAUUUUGUAAGGCGAAAGACAAUCAUUUGUUCUUGAGUGUCGCAAUCUGUUUUAUAUCCCUUCUGCAUGCCACUUAGAUCCUAGGUGCUUUUUGUAUAACAUACCAAGGAAGGCAGUGUUUAUAAGCUGAAAUUUCUAGCAUCAUGUGUACAUAUGUAUAGGCAAAAUUGCUAUCCAAUGGAGGUGCAUACACACUUUAUGUUAAAGCAAUCAAGGGUGCGCAUAGGAGCUUUCUCUGUUCCCUCCUACUCAGCUCAGGGCCAGUUCACAUGGCUAUGCUGUGCCUUGUCUUUGAUUCAGUAAAUGAAACAAAUUGAUUCUGGGGUUGUUUUGACACGGCUCCAAAGCUAGAGACAGAUGGUCAUUUUUAAAAGAAUUGAAGGUGGGGAAGGGCCGUAACUCGGUGGUAGAGCAUCCACCUUGCAUGCAGAAGGUCCCAGGUUCAAUCCCCAGCAUCUCCAGGUAGGGCUGAGAGUCCUGCCUGAAAUCCUGGAGAGCUGCCAGUCAGAGUGGACAAUACUGAGCUAGAUGGACCAAUGGUCUCACUCAGUAUUCAUACUCCUGUGUAGUAAGGCAGAGGCAUUAUCAUGUGCAUGGUUCUCACAUAUGUCUUUCAUUCCAUUCUCCUCUAGUUAAUUCAUCAGCUAGCUCACUGGUGUUAGGGUUCUACCAAUCUGCAGGUGAAGCUCUUUGGUCUAAAUGGUCUUCCAUACAAAUAAAUAAAUAUCACUUCACACAGGAAACAAUGGGUUGUUGUCAACAAACUUUUACUCAGAGUUGACCCAUUGAAAUUAAUGACCAUGAUAAACUUAGGUCCACUAAUUUCAGUGGGUCUACUCUGAUUAUAGAUUUUCAGUAUGUUAGCAAGGGAUUUGACUCCCAAAAUUGUUUAAUAGCAACAGCAAAAUACAGUAAUCCCCCCCCCAAUUAGGUUGUUGGAAUUCCUGAUAUAUUGCAAGUACAUAUGCAGGCCAUUAUAGUCCAUAGCCUAUAAGGUACAAUUAGGUAAUUAGCCCCACCCACUGAACUAUAAUUUUGCAUCUGUCGCCCCAAGUAUGAUCAAAGUAGAGCCUGCAGGCCUGACAUCUGCUCACACCUGGUCUAAGCCAUUUUGCACCAAAAGUGCAUCUUGAUAGGCAGCAAAGGCCUCUGCUUUUUGCUCCAUCUUUCCUCUCCCCUUUUCAUGUUUCACAAACCCAGGCACAAGCCAGAUGACCUCUGGGGGCCACACUGAGCUGCAAAUGACAAGAGGUCCUCCACAUAAAGCAAAACAGCAAGAAAGUCUCCCCUACCCUAAAAUGCAACGAUUUUAGCUUUGCUGUAUAGAGACAAUAUUUAGACACAGCUAGCAGAAGUGUUUGUUUUUAAGCCAUAGUUAAAACACAAGCAAAAUAUCAGCUGCACCUGAAGUGACUGACCGAUGGGAAUAUUUGUUUGGAAAACCAGCUUUGAGCUGGACUUACCUCACUUUGGUGGCAUGUAUGUUGCAGAGGCCCUGGCUUGCCAGAAAAAGAAAGCAUAGCUUCUUUGUUUAUAUGACGCACUGCAGGGACAUUUUUCUAGCCAUGUUAAGAGGAUUGACACUGCCCCAAUCACUUACAGCUCCAGAACAACAAGAAACCAAAAGUGUUGUUUACAGAGACAAGACACCUGCCCUUCAUCUCUUCAAACCUGCCUUUUUGGGGAAAACAAGUUCUCUUUUCUUUUUCUGCCCCUUCUAGUUCCUGAUAAACAUCUGGACUUUCACAUUUUUGGAGAAAAGUGCACAUUACAGGGUGGGUGGGAGGUCUGUUAUUAAUUUAAAUCAGUGCUGAACUCACUGUGCAAUUGGCUCAAAUGCUGGCCAACAGAACAGAGAACAUUUCAGUGGGCGAUCAAAGACGAGUGGCAAAGCACUUGGCUCAUGUAAAUCACACCCACAUUUUUGUAGAGUAAAAACAAGACAACUUGUUACAGUUUCAGACUAGGCAUAGCAGUAGCUUACAGCCUUUUAUUUAGGAUCAUUGUCUUGCAUUGUUUAGAGAGAGAUGACUCAGGAGGGGGGGUUUGUUCACACCCACAAACCAAGAUUAUAGUCAGAUGAGUGUUGUCAAUAAGUGUCGAGUGUUGUCAGUAAGUGUCUGGAUGGGGUGCAAAAGUGGCUUAAAGCAUCGAGGUGGUGGUAAGCAUAUGGGAAGCUAAGGAGGUGUCAUUAAAAUUUGUGGUAUUGAUGAUGGGGUGAAAAUUCCACAGAUGGGCCCUUAGAAAGACCCCCCUGUUAACUUCAGAAGACAUGCUGCCACUAUCACUGACAUUCUUUAUGCAAUACCCCCAAACAUUGGAGAGCCACCAAUGUACAGGAACUAACCAUGCUGCUAUUUUUCCUUCAUUCAAGCCUGUUAGAUGUCCAUUCUGUGUUGGAAAAGAGUGGGAUUUUCAGCUCCUAAAGGCAUAGGCAUCCCGUAAGAUGGCAAGUUAGCCAAGAGCCACAGUAAGGUGUCCUUAACAUGUCUCAGGAGCACUUUAGGAGGCACUUUACAAUGAGCUCAUCACACAAUUCUAGCAUAACAUUUGAAGGCUUGUCACGUGAGCCUUUUUCAUGCAAGCAUCCCACUAGGUGGGUGCAUCCCACAACACUAGCAUAACGUCUACAGGACAAAUCCAUUGAAAAGCACCUCCCACAAAGGGAACCUUAGAGGCAGAAGAGGUUGAAGGAGCUUCUUGUCCAUUCUGGGAAUGGGGUUGCAAGAAAUUCGCACAGGCCCCUUCCCACCUAUUGCAAUUUAUAUCACAAGCAGCUGCUGGAAGACAAAGCAUACUCAGUAUAGUAAGUACCAAGCAAUGAAUGCAAGUCUGGGGGAGUGGGGGUGCAGGGAGAUUUUCAUUUUCCCCAAGAACAAACAUUUCACGUUGAGUGCUGGGGCAGGCGCGGUUGAAUAAGAUAUCUCUACAACAGAACCAUAGUCAUCAAGGAAGAAGCAAGACUGGGCACUGCAAGUGAGAAACAAAUGUAUACCUGAAAACUCUUACUGCUCCACAAUACCAACUCUUUUGAAAUCAACUGUACAGCGUUUAUUAAAAACAAAGAAAGCCUUUAUUUUGAACACAGAGCAGAAGCCAAAUGCCCUCCUAUAUAGAUAGGCAGGCAUAUGAAGUCCUUGUCUGACCAAAACCUACCUCCAAGGGGCUGCAAGGAUUAUUUUGGGCCCCACAUAUGGUGCCACAUGUUCAAACACAGUGAGCCAUGGGCCAGCACAAGGAUCCACUGUGGCUCUAAGAGCUGGCAUGGAGAGUUGUAGCCCUUAAAGGGCUAAGAAGCACUUAAUCUCUCCCAAUCCCUGACUCUUCCAAGAGCUGUUCCUCCUCCUCCGUCACCUCUUUUGCAACUACAGCGGUUUGACAAGUGCUUCCCUCUGUUUUUAGCUUGAGAGUCAUCCCUUCUCCUUUCCUGGCCUCUAUGAAAAUUCCUUCUUGGUUUUGUAUGUAAAAAAAGGCCUAAAUCAUUUAUAUGUCUGUACUGCAACCCACAUGAUAUUGGCAAUGCCAAACUUGUUAUAUAUGCUUGCUACACUGAAACAGUAUUAUCAGAAAAGCUUUGUAUUAUUACCUUCUUUUGUCUGUUUACAUUAUGAGCAUAUGACAUAUUAUACAAAAAAGAGAAAGCUUUCUGAGAGACAACUUUGCCAAAGAAGAGAGAGCUUUUUUUGAGAGAUGACUGUGCCAAAGAAAGCAUUUAAUAGGGGUUUUGCAUUUUAUAAAAAUGAACUGUUUCUAGCAGAUGUUUCUUGUUUAAUAUAUUAAAAGAUUUGCAACAUCCAAUAUGUUAGCUAUUGCUUUCUUAUUCCUCUGGUGCUCCGACACUAUCUGGGCA